CGAGCCCCUUUACGAGGCUUGGGAGAGAUUCAAAGAUCUUCAAAGGCAAUGCCCACAUCACAAUAUCCAGUCCUGGCACCUAAUGACGGCUUUCUAUGAAGGCCUAAAUGAGAACUCACGGAUAUUGUUGGAUGCCUCGGCGGGCGGAUCAUUCAUGAGCCUUGAACUUGACGAAGCUGAAGAACUCAUUGAGCGGAUUUCAACAAAUGGAUCCACUUGGUACUUUGACCGUCCAUCCACUCAACCGAAAAUUGGAGGCAUGUACGAAGUUGAUCAAAUGUCGGCCAUGGCUGCUAAGGUCGAUAGCAUGAUGAGCAUGAUCCAAAAGAUUGCUCAAGUCUCUGCUGUGCAAAACACUACGCCAGCACCGCCACUUGUUCCUAUUCUCAUGUGUGUAUCGUGUGGUGGACAACAUGAUCAAUCCACGUGUCCAUGGGAUGCAAUGGAGCAAGUUGAUUAUGUCAACUACAACCGGCCGCAGCAACAACAAAAUCCAUUUGGAGGAUUUAAUUCUCAAAAUAGAAAUCAUCCUGGUUUCUCAUGGAGCAAUCCCAGUGGAGCUUCAAUCCACAAGCUUAUCGAAGUUCACCACCCGGCUUUCAAAAUCAACAGCAACAACAAUUUAGAGGUGGCCAAGGUUUUGCUAACAAUCAACAAGUUAAGCAAAACCAAAGCUUCCCCUAUGUUUCCAAUCAACAAAAGCCGAUCCUGCCAACUCCUGAAACAACAUCAGCUCCCGGCUUGGAUAACAUUGUUGAUCAGCUACUCAAAUCUCAACUAGCCCAAGCCGAAACCUUGAAGAACAUUUCUGAAGGUCUUACUCAACUUCGAGCUCACAAUAGGAUGCUUGAAAAUCAAAUCUCUAGUCAAGCAUCAACAUCAUCAACAAAGGUGACCGGGAAAUUGCCAGCUUGUCCCGAGAAUCCAAGAGAGCAAAUGAAUGCUAUCACUACUC